AUGGCUGAUUCUGAGGUUCAGACCAAGUCCUGCAGAGGGGUUCAUGUGUGGGUUAUUGCGGAGAGCACAAAACAAGUACUUCUCCAACGACGUCGUUCGGGCUUGUGGGAUGUCUCUGCUUCUGCAAACAUGGCUGCUGCUGCUUCUUCUUCCUCUUUCUUCACUGCUCGGAGGGAGGUCAAGGAGAAGUUAGGCAUAACCCUUCCAAAUGAUGCGUUUGAAUUGUUAUUUAUUUUCCGUCAAGAGGGUGUCAUAAAUGAUGUAUAUGUGGUCACAACUGUUGAUCCAAUACCAUUGGAGGCCUUUACUCAUCAGGAAACAGAAGUUUCAACCGUCAAAUACAUCUCUUAUGAAGAAUAUAAAAGGCUACUGGCUAAAGAAGAUUCUGAUUAUGCCCCUUAUGAUGUUCACGGACAGUACGGUCAACUUUUUGAUACUUUUGAAAUGAGGUACAAGGAGGAUACUGUAGCUCGCAGUUUGACUUUGCAGAACCAACUAAAACGUUAUGCUCCUAUUUCACUCAAAGCAGAGUUGACAGGGCUCACUGAAUCAGACAGAAAUGCUCUUUUUUUUCUUGUCAAGGCUGCAGCUGUUAUGGAUGAAAUUUUUUAUCUUCAGGCUUGGCACAGUAAUCCAAUUCUAAAAGAUUGGUUGAAGAAGCAUGCUCAUAGAUCAGAGUUACAUAAGUUGAAAUGGUCCUAUUAUCAAAUUAACAAGACCCCAUGGUCAAGCCUUGAUGAAGACAAGGCAUUUUUGACAACAGCAGAUUCAGCAAUAAGGUUGCUUCCAAAGGCAACAAGGCCAGUCAAAGGGUGGAAGGGUUUGGAAUAUAGAGCAGCAUUUCCUGUUCUGAAACCACCUGGGGCAAACUUUUACCCUCCAGAUAUGGACAAAAUGGAAUUUGAAGCAUGGAAGGACAGUCUAGAAAAGGAUCAACAGAAAGAGGCAACAGGAUUUUUCAGUGUUAUCAAAAGGCAGAGUGAAUUUUAUUUGGAUUCUGAUAUGUCAGAUACCAACGUGGGUGCUACACCUGAUCUUUAUAUAGCUCCUUAUUCACAAGAGUACAAGUCUCUUCUUGUUAAAGCUUCAGAGUUAUUGCAUAAGGCUGGAGAUCUUACCAGCUCACCGAGUUUGAAGAGACUGCUACAUAGCAAGGCUGAUGCUUUCCUUUCAAAUGAUUAUUAUGAGUCUGAUAUAGCCUGGAUGGAGUUGGACUCAAAGUUGGAUGUUACUAUUGGGCCAUACGAGACUUACACGGAUAAACUUUUCGGGUGCAAGGCUACUUUUGAAGCAUUUAUUGGAGUCCGGGAUGAUAAAGCUUCAGCUCAACUCAAACUCUUUGGUGACAAUUUGCAAGUUCUAGAACAAAAUCUCCCAAUGGACAGUGCAUACAAAUCAAAACAUGUAAAUGCUGCACCUAUCCGUAUUAUCCAGCUUAUAUAUAAUGCCGGGGAUGUGAAGGGACCACAGAUUGUUGCUUACAAUCUACCAAAUGAUGAGCGUAUAGUAAAAGAUCGAGGAACAUCAAUGGUCAUGCUUAAGAAUGUUCAAGAGGCUAAGUUUAAGCAUAUUCUUCUGCCCAUUGCUGAAAUCUGUGUUGCAAAGGAACAACAAGAGCUUGUGGAUUUUGAGUCAUUCUUCUCCCAUACAAUUUGCCAUGAAUGCUGCCAUGGGAUUGGACCUCAUUCCAUAACACUCCCAAAUGGCAAGAAGUCUACAGUGAGAUUGGAAUUGCAAGAAUUCCACUCAGCUAUGGAAGAAGCAAAAGCUGAUAUAGUUGGUCUCUGGGCAUUGAGGUUUCUAAUCCAAAAAGACUUGCUUUCCAAGAGCUUAUUGAAGUCCAUGUAUGCUUCUUUUCUCGCUGGAUGCUUCCGGUCAGUACGUUUUGGCUUAGAGGAAGCUCAUGGAAAAGGACAGGCAUUGCAGUUCAACUGGUUAUAUGAGAAAGAGGCAUAUAUCUGGCACACUGAUGGCACAUUUUCAGUUGAUUAUUCCAAGAUUGAAGGUGCUGUUGAGAGUCUGAGCAGAGAGAUACUGACCAUACAAGCCAAAGGUGACAAAGAGGCUGCAGGCUUGCUUCUUCAGAAGUAUGGAGUCAUCUCAGAACCACUCAAACUUGCUUUGAAGAAGUUGGAGAAUGUUCAGGUUCCUGUUGACAUAGCCCCCUCCUUUCCCAUUGCUGAAAAGAUCUUGGAGUAAAUUGACAAGAGCCAAGGCACUGAACUUUCCAUCUUUCAGGAUAAUAAAAUAUGCUUCAAG